CCCCCGUGUUUCAGGGGCUGGUGAGAAGCGUCUGUCGUCAUGGAAAUCUCCCUGGAGGUUCUGGUGUCUGCAGUGGUGGGGAGGAAGAAGCCGUGUCCGAAGCUCCAUUGGCUGGGACAGGAGACGGAGUCCGUGUUCAUCGUGGACGAGAAGCAGUUCGGGGAGGUCAGGCUGCGCUCUGGCUCCGUGAAGAAGGUGGCCCCGCGGCUGCAGGGGGUGCUGAAUAAGCAGAGCGUCGCGGCCCUCGCUACGUCUGCGAAUGGAGUCUGGCUGGCAGGGCUGCAUGUAUCCGGAGAAUUGUUUAUCUGGAAUAAAGAUCAGGACAGUUUGCAGACAGCAGCAGCCAACGCAGAAGUUUCACAAAUAGUCUCCGAAGCUCAAGCGCACUCUGUGAAGCUGUACCUGUGCGUGUCGGGCGAUGGAAGCAGAGCGCUCCUGGCCACGCACACAGGCUCCGUCUUCUUGUGGGAACGCGAUAAGAAUUGGACGGGCUCGGUUCCCUCGAAGAACCCGUCUGGAGCCGGGAGGUGGACAAAAAUCGAACCGCAGGAAUCUACCGCGUUCCCCAGCGUGGCAGAUAAAGAAGCCGCCCUCCACGCCGUGUUUGUAGAGAGUGAGGUCCUCGGUGACUGCUGCCUGUGCGCUUUUGUCUUCUAUUUUGGUGCCCGGCUGGUGACGACGUGGCUGGCUUUACGCUGGUAUGAGAAUGACCAGAAAUUCAGCAGGUCGCCGCCAUUUGAUGUCCGCUGGGCACAGCAGGACUGCUCUCCAGAAACUUUUCACCCACCGUGUCAGCCAGUGAAGUCCAGAGGAGCUCUGCUUGCUGUCUUCUCAGGAGAUGGCUUAGUUUUGGCCAUAACCAUUAACCAAAAAGACCCCAAGGCAACUCAAGUCCUUUUCAUAAACACCAUGAACUUUGUUACAGUUUCUGGGCAUCUAAGGGGCUGCAGCAGCAAAGACCAGCAUAUCCCAUCAAGAUUCAUACGCUCCUACUGGGUGGGGGACAUGUCGUGGACGGCGGACAGCCUCUUCCUGGCCUGUGUGUUGAAGCGGGGCUCGCUUCUCCUGAUGACCCGCUUAGGGGAGCUUCUGACCCUCAAGACGUUUGGCUGCAGUGUUGAGUUUGGACCGGCAGAGUUCAUCCCGCUUCAUCCGUUAAUAACAUACCGACCUCCUUUUCCAACUCUGGAACAGCAUGAUCCUGACAACUCACUCGGAUCAACGGCCUCAGCUACGGACACUAUGAGGCAGAGGUAUUCUGUAACAUGCCACCCGCGAUUACCUUACCUUAUUAUCUCUGAUGGCUACAUGGUCACCGUUCUCCGCUUCGCCAAGAACGCGUCUUCGUAUAGUUUCCUGAAGUCUUUGCUUCUUGAUGCUGCUCAGAGACUGGAGGAUGUUCGUCAGAGGUUGCCGCUAGCAAAGCCAAAGAAUAAACUGAAUACACUGAGGUCACUGUCGGGUUUAAAAGCAAAUUUGUUAAAAGAUGAUGGCGAUGCUUCCCUAGAAACUUGGACAAUCCCAAACUUUCUACAAGGAGAGGAGGAAUCCUACAGACCUGGUGAUCAGUCAGCAGUACAGCUCGAUGACAAUGCGUCUGAUGACGAAGGCUUUCGCAAGUUCUCUGUGCCGUCCGAUAGGUCUUUCGGGGGUGCGGAUCAGGGCAGACUGGAGUUUGCUUCCAUGUUUGACACGAUGCAUGCCAGCGACCGGCGCAUGGGGAAGAACGAUGGGUUCAGUGACUUGCAUCGGAUCCAGAAGAGUCUCAUUACAGCAUGGAUGGUCGGAGUAAAGAUGAGAGGUCUGGAGGAGAAAGAUACUUUGUUACGCUACACUGUGGGAUGCCUGACACACUUACUGUCUGCCCUUCAGAGUUCCACGUGGUCAGCUUUAAAAAGUCAGAAGUCAUCCAGGAAAAUGGGGAAACCCAAUCCCUGCGUGGUCUACCUCACCGUUAUACAGCAAUGCCUGACUGUUUUAUACUGGGAUGUAGCUCCAAAGCAAGCAGUCAAGCACAUCAUAAAACUGACCUCAGACACGGCUAAAAUGAUACUGGCACACGGCCGAGAAAUCUACUCUAAGAGGUUGAUUGGAUGCUUUUGUCUGUUAAAGAUGGUUUCCCGACAUUUAAACAUUAUUUAUAACUUACAUUGUGAAAGCGUCUCCGUGUCAGCCGAUGGGAGGCAUGGGGCAUGUCUGGACCACAUGAAGAUUCCUGUGUUCGAAGCACUGAAUACCCCUGAGAAAGAUUGGUCGGUGGGAUUUGAUUUUAAGGAGCCCCCACAGCCUGUCAGCCUCGGUGCCAAGACAGAAAAGAGGCUGGCAGCCCUAUGGAGGCUUUUGUAUAAUCAGACUCUUUGGUAUCGGACUCAGCUGACCCAGCGGGGAGCGACUAAUCCUUCAAAGCAGGUUCAGAGUGAAAUGAAAAUUACCCAAUCAAUAAUGUGUCACGUUCAGGCUGAGCUCCAGUCCGCUGGAGAGUGUUUGGACCCGGGCUUGCGCCUUAUGCCCAUCGAAGGUGAAGAACUUUUCUUGCUUGGAUCGUACCAGGAGUCUGUGGAAUUCUGGAAACGUGCAUUGCUAGAAACCACCGUUCAAGGAGGGAAGAGAGCAAGCUUUCUUCAGACUCGGUAUUACUUGGCAGUACUUUAUUGUCACUUGUAUAAUUACAACCUAAAUGAUGCUCAGGGGGUAUGCGACCAGCUUGUGAGAGAGUUGCUGCGGAGGUCCAGUCUUCUUCAGGACACAGAGCAGGAUGCCCCCCGAAGUUGUGAGGAUGAUCAAUGGAUGUUGGGAGAUGUUCAUCACGAGGCGGCGUUGGCGGUGAUCCAGUCCAUGGGCCGAUUCAUGGCUGCCUAUUUCACUAACCAGCCCCUUUACGUGUUUCCCCCGCACAAUGUCAGCGUUUUGCUGCCUCUUCACAUUGUCUCAGACCGGAUUCCCCGCGUCGUCAGACUCCAGCACGGUUUGGUUGCCGGUGCAGUAAGAGACCAGAGUCUUUCCAGCGUGUGGACCGUGGAGUACGUGCUCGACCUGCUUCUCGUCAGUGGAUUGAUGGCAGAGGCCGCGUGGCUGGCGAAUAAACUCGGAGACUGGAAGAUGUCUGUUUCCAUGGGGGUCGCUUAUAACAUGUACCAGGAGAGCCUCUGCGAUGAAUUUAAAAGCAAAGCUCCCCCUUUGCCCCCGACUCUGAAUCCAGCUCAUACGUUCCGCGAAAAGCUCCAAUUUUUUCUAGGCCGCCCAGGUUCCGAAACGUCCGCUAAGGAUCCCGACAGACAGAAGCUUUUUACAGAUCCGAUCGAGGAAGAAGAUGCUGACAUACUGUUUAGCUCUGUGCAAGAGAUGUUGAAAGCAGCAGUAAUGGCGAACGCCGAAAUCCUCACAGACACCCUUCUUCAGUUGAUGGUUUCUGCCAAGACGUUGAUCAGAAAGUUGUCCGGUUUAGUGCCAGAGCAGCUAUAUCUCCCAGCACCACCUCUGUACUGUCCUCAGCCAGCGUCCGUCAGCAAGGAGGAUUCCAGCGAUUUGCCCUUUGAAGCGGAGAAGAGCAGCCGCGAGAAGCUGUCGGGGGUUCUCCAGCGGGUUCUUCUGCUGUUACGUGCGGCUCGUUGUUCUCUCCCGGCAGCCCAGUGGUACAUCAAACAGAUAAAAAGAGCAAGAAAAAUCAUGCACAAGAUUCGAGCUAAAGGCUCUCUUCCCGCUCUGAACGUGUUACCGGAGACUCUGCUCAACUACGCCAACAACGCCACGUCGUGCUUUAAACCUCAGCCUUCGGACGUCCAGCAAAGCGAUCCGGUUACUUCAACUGUAAUAGGUUGCUUCAGAGAGCUCUGUGCGUUGUGCUGGAUGCUUCAUGUACGUGAGAGACUCUCUUACUGCUGCAGACGGUAUCAGAAGGCUAGGGACGGCAGCAAGCUGGUUAAGGCUGUGAAUGAGCAUGACCCCUGCGUGACGGCCCACUGCUUCGAGGUGCUGGACUGGGCCUGCCGAAUGCUGCCUUUCUCCCGCAUCACGAACUGCGAGGAGUUGGUUCAGGAUCUGAUCCUGAGUCUGGUCAGUGAGCUGCCGACGGUGAAGAAGGUUGCAGAGAUCCUGGUGAAGGCUUUCCCGCACCCCGAUGUUGUCCGGGUACCGCUAAGGGAGAAAUACCAUUCUGUUCAGCAGCGUCUCCGGCAUUCCAUGGUCAAGGGACCUCAAGGAGAAGAGAUGAUGUCCGUCAUCAUUCACAACGUGCAGAGGGUGCGGGUGAAAGCCCUCCGCCGAGUGCAAAGAAACAUUGGGCCGGUUGAAUCGCACUUGUGGGAGUCUGCGCUCGGAGAGGCGUCUGAUGAAGAGUCUUACUCCUACGACAGGUUCUCUUUGGGCACCACUCUGAGCAGGAGCACCUUGACCGACUUCGGAAGGUCUCAGACGUACAGUGAAGCAGACACCUUAUCCGAAGCUCAAAUGACUAAAGAUACAAGUGAAAGAACAGAUGGCGAAUUUGUCCAGGAUCUUAGUGAGAAAAACCCAACAAAUGAAGCCAUCGGACAGAAGAGCAGAGUUCUCACCGAACCCGAGCACGCCUGGCCUAAAGUUGGCGUUUGGGAAUUUGAGAGAGACGAUGAAGAAUAUACAAACUUUCUAGACCUGUUUCUCAGUUACAUCUUGGAAAAGGAUCUUCUACGUUACAGCGAGCCCGGCAUCCCUUUCCUUACAACAUUUGCCCAUCAUCUCCGAGAACAUGAACUAAAUUCCCUGGUGUUUGACGUUCACACCACACUGAAGCGCAAGCUGGGGAAAUCCGGCAUCCAAAGUGUAUUCAGAGCGGGUUCCUGUUAUGAUGUAAAUUCUGCUCCUUGCAAUGAUUCUGUUGGUUUGGAGGGUACGCUGCAUCAAAAUCAGGGCACGGCUGAUGGGACCGCCAAUGCUGCUUCAACUAUCCUGAGCAUUGGGACCACCAAUGCUGCUUCAACUAUAAUGAUUGAAAAGGCGAAAGCGGCAUCCUAUAAAUCCUUCCUUAAGGUGAAAUCAAAAAUCCCAGCCAGGAGUGGACUGUUUGGUCUAAAAGCCCGAAAAACACCAGUCUGCGAUAGAGACAGCGUGUCUUCUAAAGAUCUUCCUUGUGACUUAAGUGGUUUUAAUCGAUGCGGCUACAGGGUAAAUCCUACCAGGAACUUCCAGCCCAGUGAAGAGCUCGGGUUGGAACUCCAGAUGAAGUUCGGCAACGAGGCCAAGUUGGUGGAAUGGUUGGUUAGAUGGUCAGACAGGAGGCUGUUCUGGAGCGCAGGCAAAGCAGAACCGUGUCUGUCACAGGGCGCAGCUAUCCGGGUGAAAACCUCCUCUGCUGCCAUCCUUACUUCCAUCUGGCUUUUAGAAAAGCCCUACAUGGGGUGUGGAUACCGUGAUCGCCCCAGAUAUCAGAUUCCGUCGGGUGACUACAUAGUCGCCCCUGCUUCCCAGCCGCUUCCCAGCCAGUCGGUUGUACAGAGCGAGAUGCCAGAGAUGGAUGCCGGUCACGCGGAGUCAGAAGAAGGACUGCUCACCAUAUCUGAGGAACGCUCAGAAAGCCACAGCUGGUCUGAGAUUCCUUCCAGAGCGAGCCCCGCAAUGCAAGUGACUCAAGACGGACGUCCCUUUGUCCCGAAUGAGGAAAGCUCUGCUGAUUUCCACGUGGCCGCGGGAAAUGACGAUGAUACUCCGCCACAAACAGAAGAAAAAGAAACGUGUAGAUUGGCAAAUGUUUCCUCGGAUGACCAAGAUGAUGAUACUGACGACGCAGCAAGAAGCCCCAACAUCUCUGUUAGCAUUCAGUCCAUAUCCCAGCGGAUGGAGAAAGCCCCCGGUGAAUUGUCUGUGAUCGCCCGAGAACAGGAGCAGCCCGCAAGUCCGGGCGCCGAUGAGCCAGAGCGGAUCGGUGAACGGAGCCCCACAGCGCAGGCACAGCCUCAUCUCCUCCAGCCUGUCUUGGAUACACCAGAUGUCAUGCCUGAUACGGAAACCAUAAUAAACCGGCAGGCUGCCCCCCCAGAGCACAGCAGCCGGCCGGCGAACACAUCAGAGGCCGUCAGACAGUUGUUUCAGGAUGAAAUGUUUAGGCUCCUACAGCUUCAGCAGAUCAACUUCAUGAGCCUGAUGCAGGUGGUGGGGUCUUCCUUUGCUGCCCUCCCCCACCUGCAACACAUGCUGCCGCAGACUUCUGGGGCAAACCAGAUGGUGAAUCCUGCGGGGCUGCAAGCUGCUUUUCAGUCCCAGACCCCAGAAAACAUACAAAAUGACUUCGCCACAAAUCCUGGAACACAAACCAAAGACAGACCUGGGAAACCGCAACCUGCCACAACAAUCAUGGCUGCCAGCGGUGAGCCCUGUGCUACCCGUGACCAGAGCAACAAGGAAAACAUGGAUCUUCCCAACUUGAAUAUUUCUUUGAAUCAUGAAAAAGAGAAAGAAAGGACUUCAGAGAAGCCGGAUCGACUCGCUGUGGGUUUGCCUCUAAUGGCACCUCCUCCUGUUCUAGACAAAGUUCCCAUGCUGAUUCCAUCGGCCAAAGUAUCGGCUGACUUUAAUGGCCUCCCACUGCUUAAACUUCAUCCCCAACCCAGUUUCAAACCCUUAAAUGUGAUUCCGGGAAGCAGGAACCAAGAGUUUGCUUGGUCUAAAGGCCCCACGGCUCCUCGGGAAGCAUGGGCUCCAGCUGAUGCUGGACAGAUCAUCCAUAGUUCUCGCAAAGUAACCCCUAAGGAGCCACCGAAUCCAGAUCACAGUAAAGGCCAUCUCAAACCAUUAGGAAAAACCGAAGAGAACACGCGGUGGGCAGACAUGCUGCAUAGGAGGCCUGCAGAGGAGCACCAUUCAUGGUCAGGUGUUUCCAUGUACAGUCAGAACGCAUUCGCCGAAAGAAUGUUCAAAGGUCCUCAGAACGUUUCACCCGGUCCCGCUUCCACCCCGGCGGCAGGAAUUCCAUUACUGCAUCUGCGUACAGAGCAUGUGAUUCUUUUCCCACCAAUAGCAGCCCCUGAUUUCAGAGUUCCUCCGGUGCAGCCAACAACAGAACGAGACGCCGUGACAAUGUUACCUCCAACAUCGUUAAAACUACUGCAGACCAGCGUCCCCCGGCAGAUGCAGACUUUACCCAGUGGUCCCGCUCCCAGGCUGCUCCCCCUCCAGACCCUUCUUGAGUUUCACAGAGAUCACACCAGCAGAGGCACUUCUGAGGGUUCGUUGCCUCUACUCAAGGCAAACCUUCAGCAAUUUGAAGAAGUGGUGAAGAGGGGUGAUAGCCUGAAAAGGGAGAAGAGGCGCUCCCGGCAGCAAAAAGAGGAUAAAAGGGAAAAGAAAGGGUCUGUUACAUUUCGCCCAGAAGCUUCAAUUAUUAACCCAAACAAUCUUGAUGAGGUUGCACACGUUCAGGAUCUGCUCCAGGAGACAUCUGUAUGUCAGGAGAGAAGUGAGUUUGUUAUUCCGUUGGGUACUUUUGAGUCUCUGUUGUCAAAGGACAUCCCAGAGGAUCCGGUCCCAUCCGUGGCCGAGUUACAUUACAUGGCAUCAACCACGAAGACGGCCCCCGAGAUCAAGGAUGCCGGGACUAACACAGAUUCUGGGCCUGUCCAGCUCUCGCCUCUUGCUGUGUUUCCCAAUGAAUGCACAAAAUCCUAUGAGAAUAAAGGGACUGGGUGUGAUGAUUUACCUAAUGCUCCAUCGCCUGCUUCUCGUCCUGCCCCAGGUCUGCCUCCGUCUCCCGAUGCUCCGCGGGAUAUUCCUCUGAGGCUGCCUCCAGAGCUGCUUCUCAACCUUCGCUUCCAGGAUGAGGAGGAGAGAACGUCGCCACCAAGACCGGACCUUCCCCAAAUCCACGUCGGGCAUCGUUAUAUCAGUGUGAUAGACAUCGACGCAGGAGAUUUCCCGAAGGGUUUCCCAGGCCCGUCCGCGCACGUAGCUCCAUCCGAGAAGGAAGGUGACCGGUGGCACCCUCUGGAUUUUGAGGAGACAGAAAAAUCUAGAGAUCCAACCCCCGAGGAACCAGAUCGCAUUACUGCUUCUGUGUCAAGAGCCGCACUUGACAGCCACUACCACGCUACAGAACACGUGUCUGAGGCCCAAGAGCGGCAGAGGUUGGAGAGGACACCCAGCUCAGCGGACUCGGUUACAUACAGCAUGCUGGCUGGUAAGGCCACCGGCCCUCCGUCCGAUAAGCCGGUCGCACGACCUCGGGCAGCCGUAAUCGCGGGGACGGACCGUGCCCUCUCCAGGCUGCAGGAGAUGGAUGCCCAGUUAGCAGCCCUGCAAAACAUGGCUGACGGCAUGGAGAGAGACUUUGCCAAUACAGAGCUGUUGGUGAAUACGAUAGAAAACCUGUCCUCGGCUGUUGAUCUUCAUCCGAAAGCUGUUGGUUCUUCCUACGGGGUUACAGAUAAAGCAUUUGCUGUGAAUGACGUGGAGCUGGAGGCCGCCUCUGAGGGCGAUGAAGAUCCUUUGAGCGCUGCCGUCACCCUCUCACGCGCACGCCCGGCAGUCGUUGCCUUUUCACCAAGAGAUUCCGGUGACGCUCGUCGUCCUGCAGCUCCUGCACAGCAAGACAAUGAGGAUAAAAGCAUUCUAGACAUGAGCGGUCUGCGCGAUAUCACAGAUAUCCUGAAAGAUCUUCUGGAAGGAGGAGUAUCAGCCGCAGAACUCGGCUUGACGGAGACGCAGGCUGGAGCGCUAUCCAGGGCGAGAGAGAAGAAAGCUGCUUCGCACCAGGUCUCAAAGAGGAGUCCAGAAGAGAGGAGCGAGAUCCAGAAGUGGAUGAAGAGAAAGCAGAGGGAGCGUCUGGCUGAGCACAAGAGAAAACUGGAGCAGCUUCGAGAGAUGGAACACAACCCCUACCAGCCCCAGCCGAGUGCCAACUCUCUCUUCUCCACAAAGGUAAUCCGACAGAACCAGAGAGAGAAAGACGAGAAAGAUAAGAGCCUCCUGUCUGAGCAUCACGGUAAUCGCGUCUCCGAUGCGCUGAACCUCAUGCAUGAGAUGUUGUCGGAAGCCAAACAGAUCCCGGUGAUAAGUCCCAAAACCAAGCCCACCGCGUCGAGAAAACCGGCCUCCGUCGCUUUGGGAACGCGUGCUUCUCCUAAAGGGUCAUUAGCUGGAAAACGGAGGCCGGUUCUCAAAGGUGGUUUUUCGCAGUCCAGGACUAUGAGCAGCCCCCUACGGCCAAGCGCAAGAGGUACCACAACGUUUGUGCGUCCAAAGGGCUCACCGGAUCAUAAAACAAAAAACAGAAGCGCGCCCAGCUAUCCUGUUCGUGUGAAAUACGAUGCCUCUUUACCUGGAGACCCCACGUCCCAGAUCACCCGCCGGGGAAUGCUGGCUGGAAGGAAGAGGGCAAAUGUCAACUAUCAGAACGGCACAAGGUCCCCCGCCAGGCAUUCUGCGCCAGCCCACCAUGGAAUGAGAGACACAGGAUCCAGCUUUACGCGUUCAGUUACCCAGACCGGAGACAAUGACCGGAUGGAGCGGGACGUGGUGAGCCCCUGGGAAGUGCCCGACGAGAUCAACAAAAUACUGAACAGCCACCGGGACUCGAUCCUUUCUCAGGGUUCGCUGUUUAAUGCCGAUGAUCUUUCUCACAAUCCCAAAUUGGAUAAUUCAUCAGAGAGUACGAGUAGCCUCCUUAGCAAGCUGGACUGGAAGGCGAUAGAGGAUAUGGUGGCCAGUAUCGAAUAGACGUCAAACUGGACCAUUAAUCUCUGGCC